AUGUCUGAUUCUGCAGUUGCAACGUCCGCUUCCCCAGUGGCUGCCCCCCCCAAAGGUGAAAAGGGCCCGCCAUCGCAUCCGCCAACUCAACAAAUGGUGGACGCAUCCAUCAAGAAUUUGAAGGAACGUGGCGGCUCAUCGCUUCUGGCAAUUAAGAAAUACAUCACUGCCACCUAUAAAUGCGAUGCCCAGAAGCUGGCUCCAUUCAUCAAGAAAUACUUGAAAUCGGCCGUGGUCAAUGGAAAGCUGAUCCAAACAAAGGGAAAAGGGGCGUCUGGCUCAUUUAAACUGUCGGCCUCCGCCAAGAAGGAUCCGAAGCCGAAGCCUGCGUCUGCUGAGAAGAAGGUGAAAAGCAAGAAGGUAGCCGUCAAGAAGACCGGAUCCACCGCCAAGAAAGCUGCCGCCGGAGCUGACGAGAAGAAGCCCAAGGCUAAGAAGGCUGUUACCACCAAAAAGACCGCAGAGAAGAAGAAAACCGAAAAGGCAAAGGCCAAGGAUGCCAAGAAAACUGGAACCGUAAAGGCGAAGCCAACAGCAGCGAAGGCCCAAGUCGAUGGCGUAGCUCUCCUUCCUCUUGCGCUUCUUCUUCUUAUCGGUCUUGGUGAUGUUCUUCUGGGCUUUGCCAGCCUUCUUGGCUGCCUUUCCACUAGUUUUCGGCGGCAUUAUUCACUUCACUUAUGA